AUGGCGGAUCCGAAGAGCCCUCCUCCUGCAGCUGAGGAGGAGCGCUUUCGCGUGGCAGCGCAUGAUCCAGAUCUCCCUGCGCACCAGCAGCAAGAAGCAACUAGGAAGCAAACAGAAGAAGGCGCGGUUUUAGUGGAAGAAGAGGAGGAAUUUGGACCAAAAGGCGUUUCUGGGGCCUUCGCGUGGGUCCCUGUGUGGCGAAGACAGCGAGAAGUUCUUCCCGAGCGGGUUUUGCUGCCUCCUGAAGAGCCCUUCGACUUCAGGCAUCUAUUCGGAUUAAAGGUGCGUCCUGGGGCUUUCUGGCUUCCAGCAGCGCAGCAGCAGCGGCAGCGCAGCAGCAGCAGCAAGCCCAGCAGCAGCAGCCCAGACUAG